CGGAAGUCGGCCGCCCGCUUGGUCCGGCACUUUCCGCAGCGAGGCCCCGCUCUCCGCGGGCCCCGGAGCCACCCGCACCGGGACCCGCCUGCCCUUCAGUCUGAUGCCCGCCCAGCCCUCCACCCCCCUGGAAUGGAAUGAGUCUAUGCACUCGCUCCGGAUCAGCGUGGGGGGCCUUCCCGUGCUGGCGUCCAUGACCAAGGCCGCAGACCCCCGCUUCCGCCCCCGCUGGAAGGUGAUCCUGCCGUCCUUCCUGGGUGCCGCCGUCCUCUGGCUGCUCUACGCCCACCGCCCGCCCCCCGGCCGGCCCCCUGCACCCAACGCCCACAACUGGAGGCUGGGCCAGGCGCCCACGGACCGGUACAAUGACACCUACCCUCUGUCUGCCCCCCAGAGGACGCCAGGGGGGACUCGGUACCGGAUCGCUGUCAUCGCUGACCUGGACACGGAGUCGAGGGCCCAGGAGGAGAACACCUGGGUCAGUUACCUGAAGAAGGGCUAUCUGACCCUGUCUGACAGUGGGGACAGGGUGGCCGUGGAGUGGGACCAAGGCCACGGGGUCCUGGAGUCCCACCUGGCGGAAAAGGGGCGGGGCAUGGAGCUGUCGGACCUGAUCGUCUUCAAUGGGAAGCUCUACUCUGUGGACGACCGGACAGGGGUUAUCUACCAGAUCGAGGGCUCCAAGGCCGUGCCCUGGGUGAUUCUGCCCGACGGCGACGGGACCGUGGGGAAAGGCUUCAAAGCCGAGUGGCUGGCUGUGAAGGACGAGCAUCUGUAUGUGGGCGGCCUGGGCAAGGAGUGGACCACUGCCACGGGGGAGGUGCUGAACGAGAACCCGGAGUGGGUGAAGGUGGUGGGCUGCAGGGGCAGCGUGGACCACGAGAGCUGGGUGUCCAGCUACAACGCCCUACGGGCCGCCGCUGGCAUCCGGCCGCCAGGCUACCUCCUCCACGAGUCUGCCUGCUGGAGCGACACGCUGCAGCGCUGGUUCUUCCUGCCGCGCCGGGCCAGCCACGAGCGCUACAGCGAGAGGGAUGACGAGCGCAGGGGCACCAACCUGCUGCUGAGCGCCACCCAGGACUUCAGUGACAUCUCCGUCCGCCACGUCGGGGAGGUGGUGCCCACGCACGGCUUCUCCUCCUUCAAGUUCAUCCCCAACACUGACGACCAGAUCAUCGUGGCCCUCAAGUCUGAGGAGGACAGAGGCCAGAUCGCCACCUACAUCGUGGCCUUCACGCUCGACGGGCGCUUCCUCCUGCCCGAGACUAAGAUCGGGAGUGUGAAGUACGAGGGCAUAGAGUUCGUCUGACCCCAGGAAAACGGAGCCGGUGAGCGAGGCCCAGGGCUGGCCCGUCUAAGCUGCAUCAGGACUCAGAGUUUAAAAACCUGAGGACACCACUUUUAUGUGGUGUUUAGUUGAGGCUUUAGUUUCUCGAUUUGGAACCCUGAGGUGUGUGCCUGGUUCAGAGCUUUCCGGAGUCAGGAGCUUAGUCCCCGCUGAGCUGUGGAUGCUCCGAAGGCCAGGGGCCAGGGUCCUGGGCCGGCAGCCGGACGCUUCCCUGCGCUGCCAUCUGGUGGUAGAAGCUGGUCAUUGCCGGCAUCUCAGUUCAAGGCCUGUCCUGAUGCCACCCUUUCCUCCAGCUGACCUCCCUUUUUUUCUUUCCAUUUGGUCUCUUGUUCAAUAAAUAUUUCUUGAGCUCCUACUGUGUGUCAAGCACUGUGCCCCCUCUGGGAGCACAGCAGUGAGACUGAGGUGAACCUGCCCUCAGGUGCUCCCAGGCCCCCCCCCCCACCCCACCCCCCCCCCGUCCUCCUGAACCUCAGGCAUGCAGCCCAGCCUCCCAAGCCCUUGGAGAAGAGCCUGCUUACACUGCAGAACAUCAGCAGGCCGUGAGAGCCGGGGGCAGGCCUCUGGGGACACGUGCACCAGAGGGCUGCAAGUGGGGGGCAGGCUCCCCAGCCCCACAUCAGACAGCUCCCGUCAAGUGGCCAACCCCGUUUGCAGUCAUCAGGAAAAUUCUGUGGCUGUGUAGCACUUUGAAGUUUUAAUUAUUAACAUAUAUUAAUGACAGUAAUUUCCCUUCUUAUAAAAUGGAAUCGCCAAGUCUUAGCAGAGCCGAGUCUUGCAGUCAACAAAUUCAUUCCAAGAAAUGGCAGUUAAGCAGUUGCAGUUGGCAAGGCACUUCCAGGCGUUUCUUAGUCCUUGGCCCAAGGACACCGAGGUGAGGAUGAGGAUGCUUGGCCUUUUCCUCGCAACUGUCAGAAACGCCACGCCUUUGAAGACUGCCGCGAGUGACUGGAAUUUGUACUUCCUGCCCGAGUGGGGCCCUGGGUUCCGGCGGCCCUGCACCAGCACGGGCGCUGGGCGCCUUUACUGGAGGUGCGGAUGGGCCUGCCUGGCGCUGCAGUGUCUGUCUUUGCUUUCGCCUCUUCCCUGCGGGAGUUUUGCAGUCUCUUCUCCCUGGAAACCCUUCACGCACACCUCGACGUGUCUCUUCUCCACGAUCCAGGGUGAAGGCAGAGGGUCCGGUGCAGAGGUCGGCCAGAGCGGAAGCCGACAAGGGCAGCUGCCGUCAGCCCACGGUGCCCUCGCGCAGAAGCUACCUCACCCCCAGCAGAAUGUAGAGUUGGCGAUGGCGGGGCAGGGGCGGGGGGGGGGGGCGGCUCUCAGGCUCUGGCUGUCACCAUUCGGACCCCGUUUCCCCGACUUCUCCCACUUCGAACCUCUGACACCGCCGCUUGGGGGAGCCAAGAAGGACCCCUUGUUCUUGCGCUGGUUGUGUUCCUUCAUCUAUGAGACAAGUCACAGAAGAACAGAAAACAAGCUUUUUGAACGUGACACACUUCUCCAGAACUGGCUGUCACUGGACAUAGCCCGAACGCUUCCUGACCCACCUCCUUGAGGAAGGUCCAGGACAUUGGGCUUGUGUGGUUUUCAAAAUACGGAGAUGGCAUUGGGACGGUUGGAGGACUCGGGGCAGUCACUGAGCUGAGACCCACAGCUGAGGCGCCCAGAAGCACCCCUUCCACACGGUCACGGAUUUUCAGAUAUUUUAAAUCUAGCCUUUACACUCGCUGCUGUAAGGUUAAUGAUUGUUUUCCUUCCUACUGGAGCCAUUGUUUUGUAAACAAUAAAGUGAAUUCUCUUUGUC